AUGGCGGACAAAGUUGCGACCCCCGUUAUCGGUGUCGGCGGCGGCUACAAGUCCGUGUGGGACGCCCGCCCCGUCAAGUACACCAACGUCAUCAUCCAAGUGUGCGGGUUCAUCUUGCUGAUGGAGCUGUCCGAACGUCUCAGUUACUAUGGGAUCAACCAAGGAUUAAAGAAUUUCAUGGGGAAGAAAUUGAAUUGGUCCAGCGUCUCGUCCAACAGUAUCAAGAGCACGUGGACGUCGCUCGUGUACAUGUCUCCGUUGCUUGGUGCGUACAUGGCCGACGAACGUUGGGGCCGCUUCAAGACGAUUGCUGUGUUCGGCACGGUAUACAUGAUCGGUGAUAUACUGCUUGCGAUUGCUGCGCAUCCCAGCGUUUUGUCGCUUGACGGCAGCACCAAGACGGCGCAAGCCAUCUUCAUCGUGGGGUUAUUUGUGUUUAUUGGGAUUGGUACGGGCGCGAUCAAGUCGAACGUGAUUACCCUCGGCGCCGAUCAGUUCAACCCCGACGAUGAACGUGAAAACGCCCAGAAGGUCACGUUCUUCAGCUAUUUCUACUGGAGCAUCAACGUCGGGGCUGGGUUUGCGUACGGAUACCUGGCCACGUUGUGCGUCAAGGGGUCGGGUGACUUCAUCCCCAAGGAAUACGGAUACUUUGCCACGUUCACCAUCUGCGCGUGCGUGUUCAUCUUAGCGCUGGCGUUUUUCUUCCUCGGCAGUUCCCGGUAUAUCAAGAUUGCCCCCAGCUCGAAUGCCAUGUCCAAGCUCGUCCAUGUGCUGCUCGCCAGUUCGUCCAAGAGUACCGCUGCCCGGUACACUGUGUUCGGCUUCAUCGCGUUCAUCUUGUCGUUCUUCUUGAACUUGCUCGCUGUGUUCUUGACGGACAGAAGUGACGAGCGCCUCGCCAUGAGUUAUGUGGCCGGCGGGGUGUCGCUGAUCGGGGUGUUGAUGUGGGUGUGGUUUGGUCGCCAAUACGACAACAUGAGCCUCGCUAAGGAGUCCGAAGGCGGCAACCAGGACGACUUGUCCAUCGACGAGAUCAAGCUCGUGGUGCGCGUGCUCCCGUUCGCUGCGUUCAACGUCAUGUGGCAGUGCGUGUACGAUCAAAUUGACGCCAACUUCCAGACCAUCGCGCAGCAAACCGACUUGCGCUUCGGCAACGAACGCGAUGCCACGCAACUGCCCGGCGCCGUGCUCGGGGUGUUCGACCCCAUCGCCAUCGUGGUGCUCAUUCCGUUCCUCGAGACGGUCGUCUACCCCGUCUACAAGAAGUUCUCCGGCAAGGAAGCGUCCGCGUUCGGCAAAGUCGCGGCGGGGUUGAUCCUGUCCACGUUCACCAUGUUCUACUCGGGUGGGUUUGAAACCGUCCGCCGCAACUCCGGCGUCCUCCUCGUUCCCGCGAGCGCCACCAACAGCACCCUCGACGUGAUCCUCGACGCGAGCUCCGAUCUUCCCAUGAACGACAUCGCAUGGGGCUGGUGCAUCCCCAUGUACGUGUUAGUCGCGCUCUGCGAAUGCCUCAUCAACGUGACUGCAUUCGACGUGUUCUACACUGAAGUGCCGUCGUACCUCAAGAGUACCUGCCAAGCGAUCAACUUGUUUAUGGUGUCCAUGGGGUCCAACGUCACGAGUAUCUUCACGCUAGUGUUCCAAAAGUACAUCCCCGACGACUUGAACGACGGCGGCAACUUGGAGUACAUGUUCUACGGCGUCGGCAUCGUGUCGCUUGUCAACUUGAUCGCAUACCUGGUCGUGAUGAAGCAAAUGCAGUUCGGCAUGGCCUCGUCCAAGCGCGGCGCCGACGUCAUCGAAGCUGCUGCCCUCGAAAACAAGGAGAGCCACCUCGCCGAUGCCGAGAAGGCGCGCUUGAGCUAUGCCUAAGCUUUUUAUUGUUACAUAACAUGUAUUAUGAAUGUCUU